AUGGGAAACUCCGUUUGUUGCGGGUUUGAGGGGGAGGACAACUCAGACGUAACUUUGCAGCAAUUGGCGCUAGCAGGUCUGAAGGAAUUGCCUGCAAAGGUUUACGACGCGUGGCUAAAGAAGUACAGCCAAGGUAGCAGUGUAGAGGUGUUAUUUCCUGACGGUCAACGCAUUGAGUGUAAGCUCACUCUUGAUUCUGCAAAGAGAAUCUUAACUCUAGUCUUCAAGGAGAAGGUGCGCCCUAUUCCUUAUAAGGAUAUAGAUUCCUGGAUAUACGGGCCCUCUGCGGUAGAUCAGGCUUCAGCAGACGCUAAACUACUCAAAGACCCCAAAGUCGUUGGCUUCAGACUUUCUACUUCAGGCCGAGCCAUCGCUGUUGCUUUCGAUAGCACAGACAGCGCAGUUUGCUUCGUGCGGUUCUUAGAACAGACGCUGGAGCAAACAAGAGAGCAGGAAGCGCAUACCAACGGCCCCACGUCAUCCUGA